AUGACCAAAUCGUUCAACGUCGGCGUUGUCGGCUACGGCUUCAGUGCCAAAGUCUUCCAUAUCCCCUUCAUCCAGCAGGUGUCUGACCUGAAGCUGUAUGCCGUCGUCCAGCGCACGCCCAGACCAGAUGACGAUCCCGAGAAGGAUCAUCCGGGAAUCAAGGUCUACCGCAGUGCCGAGGAGAUGGUGCGUGAUCCGGCCGUGGACGUGGUGAUCAUCACCACCGCGCCGGACUCGCAUUUUUACCUGGUAAAGCUCGCUUUGGAGGCGAAGAAGAAUGUUGUCUGUGAGAAACCCUUCGUUCCUACCGAAGCGGAAGCAAACGAGCUCGUCGCCCUGGCUCAGGCCCAGAACAAACUGCUGGCCGUUUACCAGAACCGCCGUUUCGACGCCGACUUCGUCACCGUCUCGAAGCUUGUCACGAGCGGCGCCCUGGGCCGUGUCGUCGAGUACGAAACCCAUUUCGACCGUCACAGACCCGCCGUGCCGACAGGAACCUCAUGGAAGACACAGGUGAUGCCCGGCGGGGGUGCUAUCUACGACCUUGGCUCGCAUGUGCUCGACCAGGCGGUUCACCUGUUCGGCGCCCCCGACCGGGUGACCGGGUUCAUCGGAACGCAGCGACAGGGAGACACGGGCGGAUACGAGGACUCGUUCACCGUCCUGCUGCAUUACACCUCGGGCCUGUUGGUGACGGCCAAAGCGGCCGUUGUCAGCCCGGAAGAGGAACAGCUGCGUUUCUGGGUGCGUGGCGAGGACGGGAGCUACAAAAAGUUCCACCUUGAUAUCCAGGAAGAACAGCUCAAGGCCGGCAUGAAAGCCACAGAUCACGGAUUCGGCAGCGAGCCUAGCGACAGAUACGGUAUUAUAGGCGUCCUCACCACCAUCAAAGACGGAACCCCUGUCAAGGAACGGUUUCCCACCGUCGAACCUCCCACCUGGACAGAAUAUUACCGCAAGCUUGCCCGUGCUCUCGCCGGCCAUGGAGACCUGCCGGCCAGCGGCGCCGAGGCCAGCCGUGUCAUUCGUGUGAUUGAGCUGGCCCAGCAGAGCUCCAAGGAGGGCAAGACCCUGGCUUUUUAG